AGGACGUCCGUCAUUUCAACACUGAUCAUCGAAGAAGGAAGGAGGGCAAGGAGAGCGCGGAGAAACCCCGCUUGGUCCUGUGUGGUCCUGUGUGGUUCUGUUGUGUUCUUUUGCGUUCAGAGGGAACGAACAAACCAGGAUGUGUUUAGGCGCGCUGGCGUGUUGACCAUCUCAUGAGAGCACAGCUAGCGGGUCUUCGUCGGGAAUCAAACAAUGGAGCAUCAUCGCCAUGACGUUGACUACGAGGACGAGGAGGUGGACCCCAGGAUCCAGGGCGAGCUUGAGCGACUCAACCAGUCUUCGGACGACAUCAACAGAUGCGAGACAACGCUGGAGGACGCCAGGCAGAAGUUCCGCUCGGUCCUGCUGGAGGCCACAGUCAAGCUGGACGAGCUGCUCAACAAGAUCGGGAAGCCCGUGGACGAGUCCAAGCCGUAUUGGGAAGCUCGGCGUCUGGCCCGGCAGGCCCAGCUGGAGGCCCAGAAGGCCACCCAGGACUUCCAGAGAGCCACCGAGGUCCUGCGGGCCGCCAAGGAGACCAUCUCGCUGGCCGAGGAGCGGCUCCUGGAGGAAGACAGGCGUCACUUUGACUCCGCCUGGCAGGAGAUGCUCAACCACGCCACCCAGAGGGUGAUGGAGGCGGAGAAUGCAAAGACCCAAAGCGAAGUGGCGCACAAGGAAACGGCGGCCAAUUACACGGCGGCCAUCAGUCGCAUGAAGCAGCUGGAGAAGAAACUCAAACGCACCAUCAACAAGUCCAAGCCCUACUUUGAGAUGAAGGCCAAGUUCUAUCUGCAGCUGGAGAACCUGAAGAUGACGGUGGAUGAGCGGCAGGCAAAGCUGGCCCAGGCCAAGGCAGAGUACAAGGCAGCCCUCAGGAACUUGGAGAUAAUCUCUGACGAGAUCCACGAGCGCCGCCGGAACUCCGCCAUGGGUCCGCGGGGCCAGGGUGUGGGCGCUGAGGGGGACGGUAGCGUCUGUGGGGAGGACGCGUCCAGCUUCAAGAUGGAGUCUGAUGGAAUUUCCAUGUUGUCUGUGUGCUUUGACGACGAGGCAUGCGGUGCAGGCAGCAUCAUGUCAGAGGAAGAUUCCGACACGCGUUCCACUUGCAGUUUGGCUUCCACUCCCAGCAGCCCUCAGGAGCUCCUGUCACCAUGUCCCUUCACCCCUCCGUCACCAACUCCCUCCUCCUCCUCCUCGCACUCAUCAGCGCCUCCCUCCAGGCCCUGCAGCCUGGACCUCCCCAACUCAGUCUCCCUGUCGGACUUCGGCCUCAUCUCGCCGGUGCUCGGCCCUCGCAGCGAGUGCAGCGGAGCGUCAUCACCCGAGUGCGACCUGGAGAGAGGUGAGCGAGCAGAAGGUGCGGAGGUGACUUUGGACAACAGGCCCAUCAUCAACAAGAACGUGAUGUCCAGCACCAAGAAGAGUUUCAAUCUGGAGGCUCGCUUCAGCUUCCUCAACCUGCGGCGCCAACGCAGUGAUGCCAAAAACACGGAUAACUUUUCCCAGAAGGCCGUGGUGUUGGUCAAAGGACUGUGAGGACUAAGUUCACUUCCCAGUCUGUUUGGACCAACUGCACUCCAUCAGGAAGACGAGGACUACUAAGCUGAUGUUGCACCUUUUGAGAAAGAUGAGUACUGUUAGAAGAAUAAGUUAGUUUUUUUUGUUGUUUUUGUUUUAUCUCCACUGAAAAUAGUUCACAAAAAGAAAUGAGCCGUCAUGUUAAAUGUCUUCGUCCUUGUUAGUAAGUCAGUGUUGACAUUCGAUGGAAGCUAGUGGCCAGACGAGGAAGGUCAGUCAAUGUGUCUCGUUGGAAUGUUGAAUAAAGGAAACGUUGCACUGA